AUGGGACAGCAAAUUUCUGAUCAGACGCAAAUGGUCAUAAACAAGUUGCCUGAAAAAGUAACCAAACACCUCUCUCUGGUUCGAGAAAGUGGUUCUCUUACCUAUGAGGAAUUUCUGGGGAGAGUAGCUGAACUGAAUGAUGUAACUGCAAAAGUGGCUUCUGGCCAAGAAAAGCACCUUCUGUUUGAGGUACAACCAAGAUCAGAUUCCUCUGCCUUUUGGAAGGUGCUCGUUCGAGUGGUGUGUACCAAGAUUAACAAAAGCAGUGGAAUUGUAGAAGCUUCAAGAAUCAUGAAUUUAUAUCAGUUUAUCCAGCUUUAUAAAGAUAUCACUAGCCAAGCUGCAGGAGUCUUGGCACAAGGCCCUACUACUUCUGAAGGAACUGCUGAGAACUUGUCAUCUGUGUCUUCCUGUCAGGCCAGCAUUUGGAUGGGAAGAGUGAAGCAGCUGACCGAUGAGGAGGAAUGUUGUAUUUGCAUGGAUGGGCGAGCCGACCUCAUUCUACCCUGUGCCCACAGCUUCUGUCAGAAGUGCAUUGAUAAAUGGAGUGAUCGACACAGGAACUGUCCUAUCUGCCGCCUACAUCUGACUGGGGUCAAUGAUUCUUGGGUUGUGUCUGACGCACCUACAGAAGAUGACAUGGCUAACUAUAUACUUAACAUGGCUGAUGAGGCAGGCCAGCCUCACGUGCCAUGAAAACUGGGGACUUUUCUUGUAACUUGGGCUGUAAAUCCCAUUUGGGGAUGGAGUAAAGAGUAUAGGGGCAUCAAUGUCAUGAGCACAUGAAAUUUGAUUCCUCCCCUCAUCCCAUCUUUAUUUUUGCCACUCUUUUUCACAAUUUAUUCCAUCCCUUUUUGAUAAAUUUCAUGAGUCUUUUGUUUUAAUCUAAAUCUAAAUUACUGUUUUAAAUCUUUGUACACGAGCCAGUCACAUAUGUUGGUAAGUAUCCCAGUAGGCAAUGGUGUUCAACACUGAGAAUUCUUUGGCUGCUAAUUCUUUGGCUGUUCUGGAAGCAUCAUUUUGAAAAACUUCUGAAACACUGGUUUUGGGGGAGGAAUGUUAGUUUCUGAUAAAUCUUGAGUGUUCAGUAGGCGUAGGUUUCUGACACACAAAUUGAACCCAGUUUAAAACAACUGAAAAUAGAAAAUAAAUCCAAGUGCUCAUUACUACUAAGCUAGUCGUUUACUGGAAUUUAAGGGGUGCUUAUUGCCCCCUGCUGGUUAGUUGUGUCUACAUUAAUGAUCUCUGCAUGAAGUAACCACAGAUGCUUCCUAAUCAAGCAGUUUGUGAUUCAGAGAUAGUAGAUGAAGUAGCCUAUAUAUUUUAAAGGGAGUAAGAAAUUUAGAACUUCUGAAAUUAUUUUUGCAGACAAGUAUUUGGGAGAGACUGUUUGUGGGCUGCUCAAUGAUUUCUAACAGCCCUUGUGUAAAAUUCUGAGGUUUGAUAGGCACAUUUUUCUUAAGAGAAAAGUUCCAAAGUCUUAUACUUUCAAACUCUACAUACUGGAAGCAAAUCUUGACUAAAUGAUAAAUUACUCAGUAUUGACUGUGGUGCUUUUUAGUUUCAUCAUUUGGCAGCAUCUUCCUGAGAUUUCUAAAUGCUCCCACUUGGGAGGUUAAAAGGACACAAAACCAGUGGCACUGCUUCUUCCCCUUAAGUGUUGGACCUUCCUGAAACAGAGAGGAAGUUCAGAUUGGUUUGAUUAGAAUAAGAAGAAACAAAGUAGUAGGAAUGAGGUCAUAUGCAGGGUUCUAAUAGCAUUUCAAUCUCCUUUGUGAAAGAAGAAAGUGCUCACAAAGAAAGCGUUUGGUUUAUCUUGACUCUUAACAUUCAGCACACAUGAAACCAUUUCCUUUAAAAACAAAUGUAUUCAGUGUUCCAAGGAAGCCAUGCUGACCUGUUUAGUUAAAGUUACAAACACACGAAUUCUCAUAAGCAUUGGGGCAUAUGAUUUAUGUUGCUAUUUCAGGGAAUAGAUGCAGGAUUGUGUGUGUAAAUAGAAGAUUCUUCGAUUUUUUUUUCUAGCAAGUGUGCAAAUAAAAUUAAUGACCCAUUUGUAGAAAAUAAACUUGUUCCUUUCUUGUUGGUGUUAUUCUCCCUUCAGAUGUAGGGAAAAGGUCUAAGGAGUGGCUUACAGAGAUUCUGCCCCUCUGUUGGGGCCUGUGACUAAAUAGCUGAUGGAUAUUUGUAGACUGAGUGCCUUAGGGCCAAAUCUGAAUUUAUUUUUUGAAUUUGACUUACAAAGGUGGUCUUUGUAAUCCCAACUCAAGCUACUUUUUAAUAUAGUCACAUAUACGUUAGGUACACACUAUAUAAUCUUUGGUCAUGCUUAAAAAUAGAAUUGCCAAGAAAACCAAACAGUUUGCUCUCCAAGUUUUAAUAUGAACCAUAGAAACACUCGGCCGUGGUGCCCAGACAUUAUUUGGAUAUAAAUGGCACACACUGUUUCUACAAGUGAGUGCCUGGCUUGAGAAAUUAUCUUCUUAGACUGGCUCUGAUUCCAGGGCAUUCACAUACUGGAAGCCAUUGUUUUCAUUUUCAAACAUACAUCAAAUUGUGAAAUGCCUCUUUUCCCCACUCUUGUAAUUCUUCUAUAUAAAUUCCACUAAAGCCCAGGGACACUUAUGGUUGGAGUACAUGAAAGGACCUACAGUCGUAAGGAGGAGCAUAGUAAUGAGAACUGUCGCUGUAGAAGAGGGGCGGAAUCUAUACAGGUCUGUAAUUCCCACUCCUCGAUUUCUUGAACUAAAAGUUCUUGUGUCUUACUAGGCAGUGAGUGUAGGAGAUGAUAAUGAUAACUGAUCUCUAGGUAUUUAAGUUUUCCAAGUGCUCUCUAUACAUCAUCUCAAUGAACCCUUACAGCAGCCCUGCAUGGUAGCUCCUUCAUUCAUUACCCCCAUUUUACAUAUAAGCACACUGAGAUCAGAGAGGAGAAAUAACUUGCCCGCAGUUCCUCAGCUAGGCAGGAUUUUCAACGUCUUCCUGAGUCCAUAUGCAGGACUCUUUCCAUAGUAUCACAGACAGUAUCCACCUCAGCAGAAACUUUCUUUGGCCAACUUUCACUGUGCCAUCUCUGCAGGCUGGCCUUAUAACCAUUUGCUUCCAUAUAGCUUUUCUCUUUCAGGGAAUGAGUAACCAGCCAAGAGCACUAAGGAAUCCAAUUUUAACAAAAACUCUUCCCCACCCCGCCAGUGACUGACUGCUAUGCAGUACCUCAUUUUCACCAGCUCAUCAAAAUAAAUGGGAAACCGACAAUCCCAUUUGUCUGCUGACUCUACUAAGCUUUGCAAUUUUUCCUUUGCAUGUUAUAAUAAACUAAUGCCCAAAGUCGUAAUUUUGUUUAAAGGUGAAGAUGUAAACUUUUUUAUCUAAUGCUUUUAAGUCUUUUAUAAUUAGAAAUUACCUAAAUGCACUUGCUGUGCCAGGAGGUCAGAAUCAUGGUGUAACUUGUGCCUUCUAGAUAGAGCCGGUGGUAGUCUAGUCUCUCAUGCACUCACUCACUCUGAGGAACUGGAUUUGCUUAAUGGACACAAUGUCCUUUUCUUAAUGCACUAAAAGGGUUCUACAAUUUACUGAUAACUAUUCCACUUUAAUGUGCUAGGGUGAGUGAAUAUGAACUCUUUGCUCUCUUCUCUGUUUAGGUGCAAAUAGAGUCGCUAUUCAAAAUAGCAAUGCUUCAUUAUGUUAAAAUUUCUAUUUCUUGGACUUUCUGAAAGUCGCCUCUGAGCUUGCAUUUGGAUGUAUUAGGGAUUAAUAAACACCCCAAUCUGAAUUAUUAGGGGCAGAUUGAUAAGUUGUGCAAUAAAUAAUGGGGAUGGGGGGCAGCUGGAAAGAAAAGACAGCUGUUGGCAAUUGUUUUUUCUUACAAUUGUGUGGUUUACUAUUAUGUAACGUAUUGGUUGGAUCUGUGGACUAACUAUAAAUGUAUAUUCCUUAGAGGGCUGUUUUUUUACACUGUACAUUGGAUUCUAGUGGUGUUUGUGACUGAUUUGUGAUCUUUUCUCCCUAUUGUUUUUUUUUAAAGUAAUUAAAAUUCAUUUGAGCUGUUUAUUGGAACCAGUCCUCCCCCCCAUGCUGAUUGCUUGUGGUGAGGGGAUAAGUAAGGUAGUGAACCAGCUUACUGCCACCAUCCCUAUUUUAAGUGGUACCAAGUGGUGUUGAAUAAUUGGAGUGCUGAGGGGAAUCGAACUUAUUUCAAACAAUUCAAGCUCCAAUUUAGAGUUUCUUAAAUAAGCCACAUUUGCUACAUUUACCAAAGAAUGGGGAGAAAACCAUUUCAAAGAUGGAGGAUUAGCUAACCAUCUGUGUAGUGGGCACAGGAGCAGAGAGGUCUCUGUGAAUGAAAACACAAGGGAGAUGUCUUGUGUCCGAUUAUAUCUUUUUAUCAUAUUUGUGGAAAGUAGUAAAGAUAAUUGCUCUAC